AUGGUGGAAAUUUCGCUCAACGGCGAUGGCAGUGAUGGUGAUGGCCGCGUUGGUUCCGCCCGCGAUAACUCGACGGGCGGCGGAACCGUCAGCAAACUGAACGUCGGUUCUGACUCGUCUUCGUUGAUGUCGCUCGUCAGCACCCUCGUCCCCGUGCUCAUCUACACUGUCGUAUGUCUGCUCAUAUUCUGGGCCCUGCGUCGAAGGAGUCUCCGCGUCUACUCCCCACGCACUAUUCUUAGAGACUUUUUCUCUCACGAGCAAAGCGUACAGCUUCCAAAAGGAUGGCUCAACUGGGUGAAGCCGUUCUGGACGGUUCCGGAUACGGACAUCCUGAAUCGCUCCUCACUAGAUGCCUUCCUCUUCCUUCGAUAUCUGAAGAUACUUACUAUGAUCUGCUUCGUGGGUAUGUGCAUGACAUGGCCAACGUUGAUGACCAUUCACGCUACCGGCACCGGUGGGCUUUCACAACUGGACCGCAUCACCAUAGGCAAUGUCCAGAACUCCAAAAUGCUCUUUGCCCACGCAAUCAUUGCGUGGGUCUUUUUCGGAUUUAUCCUUUUCACAAUAUACCGUGAAUGCAUAUACUACAUUAAUCUUCGCCAUGCCUACCUUCUAUCACCCUACUACUCCAAGCGUCUGUCCUCCAGGACAGUCAUGUUCGGCUGUGUCCCACCGAAAUACCAGGAUGCCGCCCGCAUGCGAAAGUUGUUCGGCGACACCGUCAAGAACGUCUGGAUCCCCCGGGACACGAGCGACUUGGAACGGCUCGUCAAGGAGCGAGACGAGACGGCGAUGCGGUUGGAAAAAGCAGAGAUUCGCCUGAUCAAGAUGGCCAACAAACGGAGGAACAAGCAACUAAAGGCUAUUGCCGCCGCCCUACCCUCCCUUCCCGAAACGGUCUCGAGUCCGCCAUCAAGCGGAAGUUCAGAACGGUCUGACGACCCCGAGAAGGGAUAUCCGCAUCAAGAGAACACUGCCCUACCCGACGUCAACGGCUCCGUCGCCGCACAGUGGAUCGGGGCCAGCGAACGACCGUACCACCGACCCCUGGCCAACUUCUUCCGCCGAGUCGAUACGAUUAAAUGGACGCGCCUGAGGAUUAAGGCUCUCACACACCAGAUCAACAAGCUGCGACGAGGCUUCCUCAAGGGCGAGGGUCGUCGACUACCCACAGCCUUUGUCGAGUUCUCCUCCCAGGCUGAUGCCGAGCGGGCGUAUCAGACCCUGGCGCACAACCGCCCGCUGCACAUGUCGCCGCGGUAUAUCGGUAUUCGCCCAGACGAAGUGGUCUGGAGCUCCCUUCGGAUGCGGUGGUUCGAGCGCAUCGCUAGGGACUUCUUGACGCGUGCGUUCAUCACGGCCGCUAUUGUAUUCUGGUCUAUCCCGUCCGCCAUCGUCGGAACCGUCUCCAACAUCAAGUUCCUGUCAGAGACAUUCCCCUUCCUGGCAUGGAUUACGAAGCUGCCUGACCCGGUCACCGGUAUCAUCAGUGGUUUGCUGCCCGCGUUGGCCUUGUCGUUCCUCAUGGCCAUCGUGCCUUGGAUGCUGCGAGGUUGCGCCAGGGUUGCCGGCGUUCCCUCGCUCUCCCUGAUCGAACUCUUUGUACAACACGCCUAUUUUGCGUUCCAAGUAGUUCAGGUCUUCCUGAUCACGACUCUUACAUCCGCUGCAUCGGCGGCUCUUACACAAGUCCUGAAAGACCCUCCUUCAGCAAAGGACCUGCUGGCCGACAACUUGCCCAAGUCCUCCAACUUUUACAUAUCCUACAUCCUCAUCCAGUGCCUAGCUGUCGGUGCUGCGUCUCUGCUGCGAGCAUUCGACAUCUUCCGCCAUCACAUCAUGGCAAAGGGCUUUGAUAACCCUCGUGGACUAUUCAGGAUCUGGCAUAGGGAGCGACCCGUGCAUUGGGGUGCCGUCUUCCCCGUCUUCACAAACAUGGGCGUCAUCGCCAUCAGCUACUCCUGCAUCGCGCCCGUCGUUCUCGGCUUCGCCGCCGCCGGUCUGUACUGCAUCUACCUAGUCUACAAGUACAACCUCCUCUACGUCAGCGACGCCUCCAUCGACACUCGCGGCCUCGUAUACCCCCGCGCGCUGAUGCACCUCCUCGUCGGCCUCUACCUCGCCACAAUCUGCCUCGUCGGCCUCUUUGCCCUGCGCGCAGCCUACAUCCCCAUGGUCCUCAUGAUCGGCUUCCUCAUCUUCACGGCCCUCGUCCACAUCUCCCUCCGGGAAGCAAUCUUCCCCUUACUCUACAACAUCCCCCGCGCCCUCGCGCUCGAGAUGGAAGAGCUCGACGGCGGCUUCGUCGCCCCAGACUACCCGCAAGACGACUUCCUCACCGACGCCGACAUCACCGCCGCGUACCCAGACUUCUUCGACCCAGGCGAGGAAAACGAGGGCCCGACGCACGAAGUCAACGGCACCCGAGGCAUCGAAGGCGCAUCAGGCCUCAUGGCCUCCGUCCAAGACUGGUCCGCCGGCGCCGUCGCAAAGAAAAUGCAAGCCACGGCCGAACAGUACGGUCUCGCGGGUCCCAUAGGCUACAUAAUGCACUGGAUCGACCCCGCCCCGGACCCGGACCCCAACUUUGUCCUCCGCUGGCUCCACCCGGGCGUCUUUGACGACUUCUCCACCCUCCGGCGCACCAUCCCCGUCGACCUCCCCGAUCCGACCGAGACGUACCCCGCGGACUACGCCCGUCGGGCGUACUGGCCGCCCGAGAUGGCGUCGCCGACGCCGGUGAUUUGGAUCCCGCGCGACGCGGCGGGGGUGAGCAAGCAGGAGGUGGAGCACUGUAGCAAGGUUGUCGGGUGUUCUGACGAGGGGGCCGAGUUGAAUGCCAAGAACCGGAUCGAGGUUGAGCUUGAGAAGGCGCCGUUUUGGGUGCCUCGUGUUUUGUAUUAG